UACAUGUGCAUCUAGCAAUGUUCAAUUAUCUUGAAAAGCCAAAUAUCUUAGAUUAAUUACUACAAUACCAGCAUCCAAAUUGCUAAAGAAAAGGAAACUACAAUUAUUAUAAACAGUAAAGCGCUACAGUAGUGCAAAAAGGAACGACGUACCAAUCCAUCCAUCCAUCCUCUUAGCUGUCGAACCCCUAUGGUAGUGAUAUAAAGCUGUUGCUAAUCAAAGGCACUUGCAGUUCUCGUGAUCAAACUCAUGGGUGUCGUACUUGCACGGGCACGGUGCAUACAAUACAAGCAGAUGUAAUAAAAACUAAUGUAUAAACGAUACGCAUAGCCGAUCCGCUUCAUAAUCUAGCUAGUGGCCUAACAAUCUCAACCUGUUUAUUCCUACAGUGGCUCUCAAGUAGGUAAAGCUACACAUCUAUCCAUACAUACAGCAGGUUCAUGCAACUAACUCUUACAACUAGGUAAAGAAUUUCUAUCGGUAAAGUAAUUUGUUGAUGACAGAGGCCAAAGGCCGGGCAUCUUGGGGAAUUAAUGGAGAAUACAUUACAAGUGAAAGUGAGAGUUUGGCAUGCAUGAAUGCUAUCUGGAAUAUAAUUUUACCCUUGGACAAGACUACUCACGCAAGUCAAGUCAUGGAUGCACGCAAGAGGCCGGGUAAAAGAAAAGGCCAAUGUUCUCUUCAAAAGUAGUACUAGGGCAGAGCUAGAGGGAUAGAAGGUUGUUUGGAUAUUGUUGAGCAUAAAAGACGAAAGGUUGCUCUUCAUGGCCAUGUACCAAAUCGACAAAACUAAAGCGACCAAAUUCUACCAAAAUGAUAAAAAAAAAAGGCGAGAGAAGGUGGCUUCUCUCUCUAGCUGGGUAAGGCUUAAGGGGCCAAGCGAAACUACCUUUGGUACGCUAUAAAAGGCCUUCACCAACCAAGUGCCCCCUCCGCUCACCCAGAGCAAAAAUCCACCAAGAAGCCAGCCUACAUCGAGAUCCCAGAUCGACCUCACCCUCGAAGGUCUGCAGCAGUCUCCACUGAGCAAGUAAACGAGUGAAGCACACAUGCUGCAGCAGCACCAUUACCAUGGAGGAGUGGCUAGCCUUCACUGCCUCUCAAAUCCGGACCAGGCAUUCCACGCUCACUACCACAGCAACAUGAUCGCCAUGCCGCCCACUCCGCUAUUCCACCACCUCUCGCCUUCUACCUUUGAACAACCUAUCCACGAAGCACAGGCGGUUGUCGCUGCCGGCAACAGUCCAGCCGGCUCCGGCAGUACCGAUGAUGCCUACGGCGGCGGCGGCCGCACGGCAAUGGCGGAGGCUGAGCGGAGGCGGCGGAGGAUGGUCUCCAACAGGGAGUCCGCCAGGAGAUCACGCAUGCGCAAGCAGCGGCAGCUCACCGAGCUGUGGGCGCAGGUCGUCCACCUCCGCGGGGCCAACCGCCGCCUCCUCGACGAGCUGAACCGCGCAAUGAGGGGCUGCAGUGAUGUGUGCUGCGAGAACGCCCGGCUUGAGAAAGAGAAGACCGAUCUCAGUACCAAGCUCGAGCGGCUCACCCAGGCGCAGAACACCGCCACGCCAAGCUCCUCCUCAGAGCCGCAACAUGACACCGCGCGCUACUGAAUAAAUUCAUUCUUAUUUUCACAUUUUAGCUACGAUGCUUGUUACUAUACUAUACCAAAUAAAAUAUGUUUUGAGGUGGAUUUAUUGCCUCCUAUA